AUGGCUGACAUUGCAGAAGUGGCUGGUGAUGUGGAUGCUAUAUCUGAAGGAAGAGUACUAAUGGCUGACAUUGCAGCAGUAGUUGGUGAUGUGGAUGCUAUAUCUGAAAGAACAGUACAAGUGGCUGACAUUGCAGCAGUGGCUGGUGAUGGGGAUGCUAUAUCUGAAGGAAUAGUACCAGUGGCUGAUAUUGCAGGAAUUGCAGCAGUGGAUGCUGAUGUAGAUGCUAUAUCUGAGGGAACAGUACUAGUGGAUGACAUUGCAGCAGUGGGUAGUGAUGUGCUUGCUGUAUCUGAAGGAACAGUACCAGUGGCUGACAUUGCAGCAGUGGGUGGUGAUGUGGGUGCUAUAUCUGAAGGAACAGUACUAGUGGCUGACAUUGCAGGAAUGGAUGCUGAUGUAGAUGCUAUAUCUGAAGGAACAGUACUAGUGGCUGGCAUUUCAGCAGUGGCUGGUGAUCCUGGAUGCUAUAUCUGA